AUAAUGGGCAGUGCCCAUCCUAGAGGGGAAAGCAGGGUGGGGUAGGAGCAGUAAGGUUGUAGGGGAGAGAAGCUGAGAGAUCCUCCAUAGGAGGGGUCACAGCAGCUAGCGGCACCUGCCGGGGUUGGAGGUGUGGGCUAUCUGGGAGGGGGUGGAGGUCACUGAUGUCUUACAGGAGUCCUUGGUAGGUAAAGCCCACCACGACAUCCCCUAGACCUCACUAUGUUCCUCUUCUCCCGUAAGACCAAGACCCCCAUCAGCACCUACAGUGACUCCUACAGGGCUCCAACCUCUAUCAAGGAGGUCUAUAAAGACCCACCUCUGUGGGCCUGGGAAGCCAACAAGUUUGUGACCCCGGGCCUGACUCAGACUAUGCAGCGCCACGUGGAUCCUGAAGCCCUGCAGAAGAUGGUCAAAUGUGCUGUGCAGGACUACAGCUAUAAGAGUUCCAUAGCAGGCCACCCCUACUUUCCUGAGAAAUACUGGCUCUGUCAAGAGGAAGUAGACAAAUGCAACCCAUACUACCUAUGUGGUGACCGGUAUAACACAUGGAGGAUGGGACCUUACAACUGUACCAGCUGGAACAAACAUACCACAUGCCUUCCCCAGCUACCUAAGGAGGCUGGAAUGGAGACAGCUGUUCGAGGAAUGCCCUUGCAGUGCCCUCCUAAGCCGGAGCGACUCAAUGCCUACGAGCGUGAGGUGGUGGUGAAUAUGUUGAACUCGCUGUCACGGAACCAGCGGCUGCCGCAGAUCACUCCCCGAUGCGGGUGCGUGGACCCGCUGCCGGGCCGCCUGCCCUUCCAGGGUUAUGAAAGCUCUUGCUCAGGCCGCCACUACUGUCUACGCGGGAUGGACUACUACGUGACCAGAGCACCCUGCACGGAACGCUGCCACCGGCCUUUGUGCGCAGAGCAGCCGACUGGGUGUAUCGCCCUGCGAGCACCGGCCCGGAAUGCAAUGUGCUGUUAUAACUCCCCCGCCGUCAUACUACCCUUGUCCGAACCUUAGAUGGGACACAAGUCACUUCAAGAAGACUGGUGGCCCCCAAAGAAACAACUAUGUCAUCCACCCUGAGUUUGUGUCUGAAACCUAUCCUGAUUGCCACUGCUGGUAGAGCCCAGGCUGGUGGGGACAAGGGGGCUGAGCAGUAAAUAAACUCUUCACCCCA